UGAACGUGGUCUAAUUCACUUCCUGAAAGUUUAGCUGGGUUGGUGUCAUUACUGGUUUCACAGUGAAAUAUUGAAUCACAAAGCUCAGUACUUACUGACAAAGCCAUUACUGAACUGUAUGUCAACAACAUAUCUUUUUUAGUGCUAGUAUGUUUCUUGACAGAAUAUCUGGGUAAUCAUUUGAUUGUUCCCUGCACAGAUUCUAGAUGUAGCAAACCAGCUGAGCCUCCUCCAGGUGUCUCUGCGUACUUUUCUUUGAAAGCUUCAAGUUUUUUCUUCUGUGCACAUACUGUGGACCUGUAGCUCUCAGUUUGUUUCAUCUGUCCAAAGGACAUUCUCCCUGUCAGCACGCAUUUAGCAAACUCCACUCAAUUUUUAGGAUUCUCUUUCAAAUUGGCUCUUUCUGGGCCUUUGUCUAUGAAGCCUAUUCAGAAAACAACAUAUGGUGUGACUGCACACAUUUGGACCACAGCUUGUCUCUGUUUUGAAGUUUUCGUUGGUUCUUUUUCCACCAUUCAAACUUUCAUUCUAUUCAGUUUGGGCUCAGUUGAAAUAUCACUACAAUCCAUUUAUUUAUCACCACUUGUGGGUACCAGUAUUUUCAUUCUGGCCAAGAAAAGGAGAUCUGUGUAGAACAUGUUUGGAAUUCAGCUCUUUUUCCAGCAUCUCUGUUUUUAUUUCAGAUGUAGCCAAGUAUUCGUGGAAAAAAAAAAAGCAUUUUUAAUUUUAAAACAAAUGGAGCAUUGUUUCAGUGAGUUGUAAAUGUCCCAACACUUCGAGCUACAUCUCUACAUAGGGACCACCAUUUAAAGUGGAAGUGUUGCACUGAAGUGCAUACAAUUGCACAGAUACUAAAAUGACCAAGCAGUGUAUUACACAAGAUACUAGGCAUUGAUUUUAUUUCAUAUAGUACACAGAUAAAUAGCGUUUUAACAGUAGUCCAACUGAUCAUAUGCAUUGAAGUGCAUAGCUCUAAUUUACAACAUCCGUGCUUGGAUACAUACUAGUUAACUAAACUAAGGUUACCUUGUUUACCACCUACAGCCAGGUCUCGACCUCCCUCACCCUCAUCUCUCUGAACCCCCGUCUCGGCCUCUGAAGAAUUUUCUUACGUCCAUCUACAGGAGUUAGUAAUGUUUGUCAAAAAAUAUCAUCAGUAAUAUUCAAAAAACACAUUUAGUCCCUGCCACCUACUUCAGUCCAUACAUUUCGUUUCGUGCGCAGGAUAUGGUUUGCUGCGUGCGCGCUGCAGUGCACCAGCUACGACGUGCAUAUGCGCGCACCGUGGUGUACGAACCUUCCACUUGCGCCUCAACUUAUAUUUUGCUUUGACAUUAGAACAGAAAAUCAUGUCUUUUCACGUUAUUAUCAAUAUAAAUUAAUCCACCAACAAAUAUAGGAGCCUGUUAAAGCUCGAACGUGUGGUUUUAGUGGGGCACAGCAGAUCAAUACUGGAGCACGUGCCCCAGUAAAAGGGGUCUAACGACGCCUAUGGGCUAGUGACAGUAUGAGACCGUGUAAACUCUGGUGUUGUGUCGAAAUCUGUUUCCCCAUCGAGAUGUUUCCCCUAACCUGAACCCUCAUUGUCCUAACAACAACCACUGAGGGGGUCGCUACAUGAACCUCAGUUUUGAACAGGGGAAACAUAUCGACGGAGGAACACUUUUCGACAUAAGACAGGCACGGCACCUCAGACGAGCGUAAGAACACAGGGAGAAUGAUAAUGACGGGAAGAGGGAGAAAGAAAGGGGAGGGGAACUGACAUUAAAGCAACACAACAAGGAAACUACACUGCAGAGCCACAGACGCCUUCAUUUUAUGUUUUUGAAUAAUAGCCGGAGCUAGUGUGGCGAAGUGUAUCUGUGAAAUCUGCCCGGAGCUCAACCCCGCACAGCCCCAAUUGCCCAGGAAAGGAGCAGCUUUUGACCGAGGUGGAUUUCAAGGCGCUCUCCGACGCGUUCAUAGUUAUGGACUCAGAACCACCCAGCUCCCCACAGGUGGUGGAGGAUGGAGGAGAGGAGGAUGAGGAGGAGCUGAGUGGAGGGGAGGAGGCAGACCUAAGGUCCAGCUGCGGUCGGGGCUCUCUGCUGACCCGGAGAGGCAUCACCCUGAGAGUGCUGCUCAAGGACGGUCUAGUGGAGCCAGGGGACGGGGUGCUAGCCAUCCACUACCUGGGUAAGAACUUUAUAGGUGACCUGUUAAAUGAUGGAAAAAUCCGAUGGGUGGAGACGGGCCAGAUUUUUAAUUCCCCCAGUGCCUGGGCUACACACUGUAAACGUCUGGUCAAUCCGGCCAAGAAGUCUGGCUGUGGCUGGGCAUCGGUACGCUACCGGGGACAGAAGCUGGUCCAGUACAAAACCACCUGGCUGCACAAGUACCAGCCCAGUGCAGAUAUGAGCCUGGUGAGUGAGGAGGAUGAGGAUGAGGAUGAGGAGGAAGGGAAGACUGCUGUACAGGCAGAUGAGAAAAACAAGAACACCAAACCUGGUGUGCAUGACGUAAUGGUUUCACGGAGAACUGACCGAGAGAGAAUUCCUGUUAGAUACAGCACCUUGGGCACCAGAGAUGCUGCCAGAGAUCCACACACACUAGUGGAGCUGUCAGCCUUCUCAGCCAUCAACAGAUUCCAGCCUUUCAACGUAGCUGUGUCCAGUAAUGUACUGCUGCUAAUGGACUUCCACUGUCACCUGACCACCAGUGAGGUGGUGGGAUACCUUGGAGGACGAUGGGACACUAAUACACAAUUGCUGACAGUCUUAAGGGCUUUCCCCUGCCGGACCAGGUUGGCAGACAGAGAUUCUGCUCCUGUUGUCGAGGAGGAGAUCUGUCAGAACCUGUUCUUGCGUGGGCUGUCUUUGGUGGGCUGGUACCACAGUCACCCGCGAGGUCCUGCGCUGCCGUCGCUGCAGGACAUCGACUCCCAGAUGGACCAUCAGCUACGGUUGCAGGGUUCAAACAACGGCUUCCAGCCCUGUCUGGGCAUUAUCUGUGGACCAUAUUAUCAUGGCAACCAAGGUGUUGCCUCCACAAUAACUCCAUUCUGGGUCGUACCACCCCCUGAGCAAAGGCCUAAUGACUACGGUAUCCCAGUGGCUGUGGAAGUCACCUAUGUACAAGACAACUUUCUCACCAGUGAUGUUCUUAAUGAGAUGAUGCUCCUGGUUGACUACUACAGGGCAGCUCCUGACCUUGUCCAGUUCAAUCAGUAUUGGUGUCCCGAUAUGACCAUGAUGGACAAAAUUAAGGGUUCUCUGAGCUGCCAUGCUCCCAAAGACCAGGCCUACUCUCAAAUCUUAGAGCACGUCUACAGUCAAUUGAGCAAGAUGCACUGAGUGGAUCUGCUCUGCAUGUGCACAUGUGGUCGGCUUCCAUCUUAAGUCCAAACAUUUCAAAGAUCUCCUGUGCAGAGCUGACAGGACUGGUGUGAUAGACGUACAGUGUAACACCUGCUUCAAAAACACGUACUGUAGAUGCCUUGUGUUCUCUCAUGCUUGAGUGAUAGUUUUGAUACAGCAUUACUGUGAGUUAAAACACUGCAGUGACUCUGAAAGCACCACAUCUCUAUUUACCACUGAUGGAAACAGAGAAAGGCAACAAGUGAGACAAAAUCAGGCAGAGAUUAGACUAACAGUUAAAGAAACUGUUUUACUAAAGUACACUAAACAGAACUGUUUCAAGGACCAGAAAUCAGCCUGUAUUUAUGUCUAACUGGCCUCUUACCUUUUACACAUAUGUGC